UAUUCUGCCUAGGUUAUAUGUGCCGUUGACAAAGAAUCAACUCCAAAUAUGGCAAGCGAUAAAAAAAUGGGAAAACCUUUGACAAAGGGUGGAAAGUCGAACGAAGAAAUUCUUGCCGCUUUCCAGACACUUCGAAAUGAUCAGAGAUUAAUGGCCAGCAAAUUGUCAGAGAUGGAAAUGGAGUUAAAUGAGCAUAAAAUCGUCAUUGAUACACUGAAGACCGUCGAUCCUAAAAGGAAAUGCUACCGAAUGAUCGGAGGGGUUCUGUGUGAGCAAGUCGUCGUGGAAGUCCUACCAAAUCUCAUCACCAAUAAGAAGCAGCUGACUAAAGUAAUCGCAUCUCUCCAUGAGCAACUGACGAGAAAAGGCACUGAAAUUAACGAAUUUAAAGAAAAGCACAAUAUAAGAAUACGUGGAAUAGACGAGUUGCAACGCUCAGAGGAUGAUUCGAAGGAGCCUAAGGAAUCGAAAAGAAAUGCACUAGUGGUCAACUCACUGGAGGCUUAAUUUUUCAAUUGAUACUCUUCUAUUAAACAUAUUUUCAUUAAAUUCAGUAACAAUCACGUGGGUUAUGUAAUUGUAACUGAAUUUAAUGAAUAUUCUUCGAGAUUUUUGCCUGUCUCUCGAAGUUGUUUUACUCUCUCGCAUCAUCUGAUAUUAAAUAAUAAUGCAUUUAUUCAUUU